AUGCCACUGGGGAAUAAAAGGCGCUCUUCUUCAGCUUCAGGAAGAUUAGAAACCAAACAUGUGACCAGCAUCCUCACUGAGCUGUGGAGUACAGGGGACAGGAGGACAGGGACAGGUUGUCGGAGUGAGAAAGUCACAGAUGACUUGUCAGCACCAAGACGAGGGGGUGUCAGCGAGAAGAGACAAGAGCAGCCUGAAUGGGUGGUGAGAGAGCUGCUGAGACAGAACAGAAGAAGACACUCUGUCACACUGGGAGAUGAGGCUCAAAUCAAGAGACAACAACACCACAAUAUUGACUCAAAUCACAGCCUCAAGAUUGAUGAGACGAUAUCACUCGACAACCUCCAGAAAUUAAAACUAGGAUUUGAGGAAUUUGAAACAGGCGGCUUGAGAUCCAUUGAUGCAAAAAAUUUUGGGCGUAUAGUGAAGAAGUGUUUGGGUUUGCCUAAGACAAGCAAUGCGCAGAUUCAAGGCUUAUUUAAGAAGAUUGAUUAUUCAGGCCAAGUUCUAAUUUCAAGUAAUGUGACGCAGGGCCACUUCUGCACACACAUGCUGCAGGAGUACAAAGAGAAGCAGGAAACUGCCAGACGCAGUAAGCAGGUGGCGUUCACUCUGCCAGCCUCCAUGAAGGCGUCAUGUCAUGGCGUCCCCAUCGCCAACAUCCACGCCACGCCUGAUGGCUCCAUCGUCACAGUGCGAGAAGACGGGGUUGUUUGCUACUGGAGCCCUGAACUCAAUCCGCUGAAGACCAAACACAUGUUUAACGAAGGACCUGCAAACAGGAAGUCAAAGUGGGCAAGUGAUUUUACUGUAAUGACAGAGUUCAACAAGCUGAUGAUUGGAACGGGCGACAGAGAGAUCCAGCUUUAUGAGCUUUCCACGCUGGAGCCUUAUUGCCAGAUCAAUGCACUAGACACAGUGCCUUUGACAUUAGACUACGGCUACACUGGCCCUGAUAAAUGUUGUAUUCUGUACGGAGACACAGAGGGAUGUGUGACUAUCAUUUUAAUAUCCUCUGUUGGAGAUACCCUCAGGUUAUGGAAUAAAUUACCAAAGAUUGAAAAUAUACCCAACAUAGCAGCUGACAAUGCAGUGCUCUCUCCGAAUGUGACAUUUGUCAGAUGGAAGGUUCAUCAGGACUGGGUAACACAGGCAAAAUAUUUUCAAAGUUUUCAAGCUGUUGUCUCCUCCUCAAAUGAAGAAGCUUCCUCACUCGUUAUAGGCUGUGUGCUGCCUUUAACAGACGCUGAGCAGCAGCUGAGUGAGAUCAGAGAAGCCUGCUAUGAAGGUAAGAUCAAGAAGGUCCAACUGAGCUGGACCCCACAGCUGCGUGCAGCAUGUGAUCAGACAGUUUUCACCAUCGACAAAGGUGUCAAGACCUUUGACCUUUGUCAGAAGCACAGCUUGCUGGUCACGGGAGGCAUGGACAGACUCAUACGCAUGUGGAACCCACAUUUUUCUGGGAAACCAACAGGCGUUUUGAAAGGUCACUCUGCCCCCAUCGUCUACCUCCGCAUCAUUGCAGAGGACAGUCAGGUCUUCUCUGUCUCCACAGACAGCACAGUAAAAAUUUGGGAUAUCCAAGAUCAGUGUUGCCUGUUUACGGCGGACCCCAAAGCCAGCGGGAUUCACGGUGACAUAUCUGCAUGCUCCUAUUCCUCUGCUAUGAAAUCCUUUUACAUUGCAGCAGACUGUAUGGCUGUGCUCUCCCUGAAGAUAAGGCCACGGAUUCACCGCCGUCUGACUGUUUCACAUAAUGAGCCUGUAAUGUGCUGCGGGUACAGUGAGGAGUUUCGUCAAGUUGUCAGCUGCACUGAGGGAUCUGUGGUGAAAGUCUGGGAUUUUGACACUGGGCAUGAGGUUUUUGAGUUUGGUGGCUCACAUGAUCUUUCUGCCAUCACAUGCAUGGCUUUUGACCCCAAAGGGAGGAGACUCAUCACAGGCGGACAAGAUGGUUGUUUGAAGAUCUGGAACUUCAACAAUGGUCAGUGUCUAAAGACACUAAAGAAGGAUGGUGAUUGUCAUGAAGUGUGCGACUGUAUCUUUCUCCAAGUUCACAGGAAUUUCUAUGUGAUGUCUGUUGGCCGGGACCGGAAGAUUGACAUUUACCCAGACAUACCUGAGGACCUUCAUCAUGUCCAGAGGCCGCAGCCUUCGUGGCAGGAUGACCUGAAAAAUGGCCAUAGAGAGGACAUCCUUUGUGUGGCACAGUGUCCCCCAUCUCUCCUGGCCACCGGCAGCUAUGAUGGAGAGAUUAUAGUUUGGAACGUGGUUUCUGGACGUAUACAGUGUCGGUUUGUCAGCCCUCUUCUAGCAGAACACCAAAAUGUUGAAGGACUGGAUACAAGCGUUCCCAGCAUCAUUUUCUUAAAGAACUCCAAGUUACAGCAGGUUUCCUCGGGUACAGCGCUGCUGUCGUCUGGAGCCAUGGGUUGCAUAAAUCUCUGGAAGGUGCUCAGUGGAGGGAGAUUUGUGGGCAGCUUCAAAGCUUCUAGAUUCAAUAAAAAGAUUAUCAAACUGGCUACAGCAGACAAGGACACGUUGCUGUACGCUGCUGAUCGAAUUGGUUACGUCUAUGUUUACAACAUGGAGAAGUUUGUCCCUGAGCAAAAAUCACCUAAAGCUGAAAACUUCUGGCGUGCCCACACCAGCACAAUUACUGGCCUGCAGAUUGUUGACAAUGAUCAAGUGGUGCUUACCUCAUCCACUGACUACACCGUUCGCCUUUGGAGCGCACAUGGAGAAUUCAUAGGGACCUUUGGACAAUCUGAGAGCUGGAGCGUCCACAUCUCCUCUUCAUGGAAACACCCGGCUGUCCCCUAUGAGGUUCUGAUUGAUCCUCUGAGUAUGCCUGACGAUGAAACCCUGAAUGUUAAAACACGUCUAUCUGAUGCCACCAAUCCUGUCAAGACUGGGGCUCAUGGAGGUGAACUGAAGUCAGAGACACACACUAAGCCGAGACUUCCCUCAACAUCCAUCAGUGACACAGACAUUGAGAAAGAUUAAAAGCACAUUUUACCCAGAGGAACACCAGGCUGGGCUCUGUCGUGAAACUGUCAGGCAUACUAACAAGCUAUCGAACCACUGCGCUCUGAAAGGCUUUUUUUUUGCUGCGGAGCCACCAAACACCAGUGUGAGACCUGACCUCUUACAAACAGCACUGAGGAACUGGAGUCAAGUGAAUAAGAUAAAUCUCUCAUAUCGAUCAUAACUGGGCUACUGGAUCAUUGCAGAGCAAGGAACGUUUUAAAAUAAUGAAAUAAUAGUGAGGAUGUUAGUUUCUGUGACUGGAUUUUUCACCAACAGACCAUGUAAAGCCAAUCAAUGGCUGAAAUCAAUGUGUGAAACAUGUGGAAUGCAACAUUAUGAGGCUUUGCACAAAGUAGAAAGUUAGUAAAGAAUACAAAGACAGUGCUUUUACACAAACCCUUAUUUGCAUUUUAAACACAUAACUGACAACAUUUUUUGGGAGUUUGGGUAUCCGUUUCGAAACAUUGUAAAAUGGUCACAGUUGGUUUAGGCACCAAAAUGAUCAUGAUUUGGAUAAAAAUAAGUAUGCGUGUUGCAUAAGUUAGCUUUCAUAUCUCAUAUGGAAUUUGAUUAGAAACUGGGAGAAUAUACAUGUCUCCCAAAAAAUAAACUGACAAGGCAAUUUUUGCAGGGAUGGUAUUGUAUUUUUUAAGAAUAUAUCUGCAUUGUCUUUACAUUGUUUUAGUUGCCCCUGGUGACCAAAAAAACUGUUAUUGGAAAAAUUCCAGGGUCAGAAAACCUUUUGUUUGACCAGAAGCAAUUUCUGUAAGCCUAUAUGUCUAUGGUCCUGAACACAGCACUAUUCUAUGUGUCAUUUUUCUUCUUCUUUUCAAAAAUAAAUAAAUACUGUGUUGGAUAAAGAGUAUUAAGUUACUGAGCCAGCUGUCCAGACCUGAUUCUGAAAAUAUAAUUAGAGGGAAAAAAGCACAUCAUAUUCUUACUGAUUUGCAUUAUACACCUUUAUCUUUGGGAUAUGAUGUAUUAUCCAUGUAUGAUAUCUAUCAUCUCGGAUCUUGCGAUGUGCGCUGGCAUACAUUGUAUUAAUAAUGAAAGCCUGCAUACUUUCAAAUGUGUCAUCCUUAUAUUUUUCAGUGUAUACAUUUAUGUAAUGCAUUUGUUUUCUCUGCCUGCUUUAUAGCUAAGUGAGACAUCUACUUGUCGUGAAAGUAUACAGUACAAGGCUUUUAGCUGUGUAGGUUGCGAGAGAGCUAUAAGAGUGCAAACACAGUUGGGUUUGUGCAAGCAAAUAAACUGUGACAUACAUAACAAAAUUAGGGAAUGAGGUAUGCUGUACACUGUGUGCAUUCAAUUGGGUUUUGUACAGUCCAUCAAAUAAAUUGUCACUGUGGUAUUUAUAUUUUAUUGUUUGUCACUAUUCAUAGAAAUCAUACCCACUGUAAACUUGCA